AUGGAAUGGCAAAUUUCUCGAUCCAUUGCUACCCGACACGGUCCCCACGGACGCGGAAGCCCAAGAAGAGAUCGAGAUACAAAUAUUCAAGAUUGGCGACGUUACCUCGUUUGCGGUACUCUUUUGCAGUGCAUUCGCCGCUCAACACUUUCGCCAGCUCGCGACAUCUCUUCGCGCACUCUCACACAACGCAGCCUCUUACUUAUUCAAUUAUCCUCUCUUUCCUCCAAAACGGAACUUUACUUUCGCAAACUUAUCCAAUUGUCGCAGUUUGGCGAUCUCACGACGUUGAUAGCGACUGCCUUUUGCACGACGGCAGUUGACCGGAAAUGUUUUACCGGGCCUGGUUGUAUCUGCACCCUCAGACCUCAUCAUCCACUUGGGGAUGUCUCACGCAGGAGAUGA